UAAGUAUCACUACAGCAGCAACUAUGAAGUACCUAAGGAUUCUAUGUGUUGCUGGAAUAGCUUACUCCUUCCAGUACUCAGUAAUGGAAGUACAGUGCGAACUGAAGAUUUAUUACCAUGCAAGAUCUGUGGGAGGACUUUUUUCUCAAGUGCACUAAAAAAACAUGUUCCGAUUUGUCAAAAAACUGCUACUAAGAAAAGAAAAACAUUUGAUUCCAGCAGACAAAGAGCGGAGGGAACUGAUAUUCCCACAGUAAAACCUCUGAAACCACGGCCAGAACCCCCAAAGAAGCCAUCAAACUGGAGACGAAAACAUGAGGAACUCUUAGCAGCAAUAAGAGCAGCCAAAGGAGUUGAUCAGGUUCUUAAAGAAGGUGGCAAGCUACCACCACCACCACCACCUUCUUAUGACCCAGAUUAUAUCCAGUGCCCAUAUUGCCAGAGAAGAUUUAAUGAAAGUGCAGCUGAUCGGCAUAUAAUUUUCUGCAAAGAACAGGCAGCUCGUAUUUCUAAUAAAGGAAAAGUGGUUACUGAUUCUAAAGGGAAGCUUCCUACUAGAUCCCAGUACAAGUCACCCUCUGUAAAGAAGAUGCCUUCCACGGGAAUAACAUCGCCAGGCUCAUCACGUUUGCCGCAGCCAAGUACACCUGCAAAUAAAAUAUUGUCUACGAGUGGACCUGUGGGAAGCAAGAUCCAGAGUUCAUCUCCAGCUCAUAAAAACUCAGUGAGGACAAGCCCACAAACGGGAGGCUCCAUGAAAUCACGGACGGUAGUGCCGACCAGUAUGGCACGGAGCACUGGCAUGGGCAUGAUGGCAAACAAAAAAAAAGGCUAUGGCACUGAAAGUUACUGUAACAGGACUGGAUACGAGAGUGGAGACUGUUCAUCUGUCAAUGGAGGAAGCUCUAAAAGCAGUGAAGGAAAUUCUCCUGCACAGUUACCAAAAUUCUGUUAUGAAUGUGGAGCCAAAUACCCAGUUGAAUCUGCAAAAUUCUGCUGCGAAUGUGGAGUUCGACGAAUGGUUUUGUGAACACAUUGUAAAGAAAUAUAAAAGAGAAUAAGCUGUUUUGUUGCUAAUGGCCUCCAGAGAUCUGUACUGUACCAUCCCAUCAGAAUUCAUGCUAGAGCACCAUAAUUUUCCAUGAGCUUGUCUUUUUGGUUGCAGAGUAAUUUAUAUAUAAAUAGAUCAAAAUAUACUGUAUAUAAAUGAUAAGUACUUAAAACUGUACCAUUCAAGAAGAUAUUCUUGAGACACUAAUGGAAUUUCUUUAAUGGAGCAAAAUGUUAACUCAAGAAGUAGUAGGGUUUUUGUAAUCCUGUUAUGUAUUAUACCCAGAUGCUAGUCCUAAAUAAUUUUAUCUUAAAGGGAAUGUUGAAUAAAGAAUUACCAUAAAAUAUUAAGUCAGCACAUUACUGGAGGAGCAGCUCAUCCUAAAUCUUUUAACAAUAGUUGAGAUUGUUCUCAUUUGGCUAUAUUAUUCUCCUGACCAAUUGGCAUUUUUUCCCAGGGUCUGCAUACAAAAGACUUAAUAUUUUUCCUUGCUUUGUUUUCUCAUAUCCUUAAUUAAUUCAAAAAAUAACCUACUUUUUCUUUAAAUUCAUGUAGUUUUGCAGAGUAAUUCAACCUUCAAGCAUCUGUGGAACCAAUCCACCAACCCACGCUGCUCAGAUGAGUUUCAAUGAAAUGAAUAGAACGUGUGAAAGAACUUCGUGCAUUCUGUUCAUUAUCAGCCUUUCCCCAUAAUGUUCUUCUUUCCCAUCGCUGUAAAACCUUGUUCUUUUCUUUUCCCCAAAAAGAAAAUGAUAAACAUAGGCUGAAUUGUUUGUCCAGUGUAUUCUGAACUAAUUUGUAAAACAUUUCUUGCCCUUUAUAGAGAGAGCCCUGCAGUUAUUUCACAGUGAUUGUAAGAUACAAUUGGAAAAAAAUCACGUUUAAAAACUGGUUAUGGUGUAAAUUGGUUUCAAACAACACAUUUGGGUUAUAGUGUACCUACUGUGGUGUUAGUACCUUCUAAGGUAAAACUAAAAUUCACUUACCUUCAAAAUGAGAAGAGUGAUCCACUGAGGACCUUAACCUUCAUCAGUAUUACCCACCACUUUCAACCAUUUAAUCUAUGAAAAUCUUUCUUAAUUGUGCCUUUGUUACUUCCUAUCAUUUUUCAAGUAUAACAAUUUUUGAGCUUUCAGAUGGG